AUGGUAGAAACACAUGAAACUUUAUUAAGAGUUACAAAUUUUAUAUAUGGCGGUGCAUUAUUAACAUCACCUUUUUGGGGAACCGGUGUAUUAUUAGCAACAGUAAUGAUGAAUGAUAGCUCAAGGUUUAAAACCCGUUUUCAAAUGGGUUGUUUGUUAUCUUUAGUAGCAGAACCAAUUUCAUUAAUCUAUACAUUAUCAUAUCAAAACUCAUAUGGUUUUAAUAAAAGUGUAUCAUUCUUACCAUUACUUCCUUUAGCAUCAUAUGUUGGCUGUUUCUUUUUAUUCUGGAACGAUAAAAUAGAUAAAGAUGAUAAAUAA